UUAUGUGACCUUGUUAAAUGUUCACGUCGAGUUGUAUGAACUGUCAAAAAUAGAUAUUCAUGAAAUAUUUUUAUUGCUAGGUACUACAAAAAUAUAGCAAUUUUUAGUAUGGAGGAACAGAAGCGAAGUGAGAAUGUGUAUCGAUUCAAAUGGUUUAUGUCAUUAUCAAGAAAAAGAUCACCUAGAUUGAAUAAUCCCAAAGAAAAUGGGAGUUCCGAUAAAAUGGAAAACAAUACCAAUGGAGUUUUCUUUACCCUUCGCAAACGAUUCCAGAAAAAACUUACGUCUAUUAAAGUGAAGGCAUACGAACCUGAAUUAGGCUCGAAUACAAUAAGUAAUAAUAGUAUUUUAGACAGUGAUCGAUUUGUAACUGGCUCUUCAAGCUCGGUGGGCAAUAACGAUUUUGCACGUAUAGUUAUCGAAAGACACAGUCAAAAUCCGAUUCGUUUCUCUUCCCCAAACGCCCAUGUACCUGUGAUACCAUGCGGAGAUUCGUCAAACUCGUUACCUAUGUUGCCAAAUUCGUCAAACUCGUUUCCUAUGUUGCAAACGGCAACAUCGGCAGUUACCAGAUCGGAUACAAUUUGUAACAAUGUUACUAGUUUAGAUACUACGAUGGAACAAAUGAAAAUAGAAUUGCUCAAAUAUGGGUGGUACUGGGGUAAGCUGACGCGUGCUGCCGCGCAAAAACGUUUAGCCAGACAGGACAAUGGAACUUUUCUUGUGCGAGACUCACAAACUGAGAAAUAUCAGUUUACCGUUAGUUUUCGAAGCUCAGGAAUAACUCUGCAUUGUAGGAUUGAUUAUAAAGAUAAUUAUUGGUCAUUCUCAGGUUUAACUACACCAACUCAAUGCGAAACAAUGAUUGACCUGAUUGAAGACACUAUGAAGAAAUCCGAGUUCGGCAUGAUUGGAUUUGUGAAACAAACCUCACCACUUACUCCACCUUUUCCGGUUCGUUUGACUAAACCAAUCAAUCGUUUCUAUGAAGUUUCUUCAUUGCAACAUUUAUGUCGAUUCAUUAUUCGACAGCGAAUUGAUACUAAAAAUAUACAUUGUUUGCCUCUUCCAAGCAAGUUGAAAGAUUACAUUGAAGAAAAUUUUUAUGACUUAUGAAUAGAAUAGGUUUAUUAAGCAAACCUUAAAAGACGAAUGCAGCAUUAAAUUUAAAUGUUCUAGAGACCUCAAAGGAAAACACAUUGCAAUGAAACACUCAAAAUUGGCCAGUUUUAAAUGUAUCAUCUAGGUUGUAGCGAAAUUACUAACACUGAAUGUAGAAAUAUGUUUAAAUUAAAAACAACAUGUCGUAUUAUUUUUAGUUCAUCUACAACAAUUAACAGAGCGUUACAUUCUACAUGUAUUGAUAUUUUGUCCUGUAGGUGUAUUUAUCUACAUUAUGCAUAAGGACAUUAUAAGAGUAUUUCUUAAUAAAACAUGUUUCAAUCGAUUACUUUAAUGUUUGUUUUAGCGGCAUCUUCGAUAGAUUCCAACAUAGUCUAUUCAAAGCAGCGAAAUGACUGUUUUCGUCUCCUUUAGGAAUUUUAUUCACAUUUUUUUAAAGAAUGAGUAACAUCGAAUUUCGGUAAAAAAUUCUGUUUUGCUGAAUUUCUGAAUUAUUUGAAAUUAAACAAAAUAUAAAAUGAACAAUUAGUUAUCUCUUUCGAACUAGCAUUAAGAACGCUCAACAAAUAAUAAUUGCCAUGCCAUAUGAAGAAAAAUACCCAGUAGUCGGUUAAUUAUCUAGUGCAAAAAUAAUAGAGCCAGCAAAACUAUUUCGCUCAAUAUAUAAAUGCUGAGCAACUAAGAGUAAAUUCAAUGAAACAUGGCCAGAUCGGAAACUAAAACCGAAAUCGUCACGGAUGAAAAAUUCGAAAUGUAUGAAUGUCAUAGCUAAUGUUGAUUUGUAAAAAAACAUUUAAACAAGGAAGAUGCAUUUUGGC